AUGCUUGUGGCCCUCACAGCGCCGCUAGGACGCUUCAUAAGCGAGUUGUUUUUUUGUUUUUUUUUUCUGCUGUUCGAAAUCUGCAGAUCGUCAAGAGGAAGCUCACAGGCUUGGAUAGAUAAAAACUCAGAGUGGAGGCCAGUAAAGCGCUCCUAUGGUUGCUAAUGAAAGAAGAUGAAAGAACAUGAUUUGGGAAAGGACUGCCUGGCAGCAGGUCCUGCGUACAGGGCCGUUCCCUCCAGAGAGGUUUUACCAGCAAAUGAAGUGGACCACUAUCAGCUCGCCAACGUCCAGGAUGCUCUGGAGACAGCAGGCCGGGCCGAAGGCGGCUUCCCACUGGACGGAGGCAGCGUCGCUCACGCUAAAGAGCUGGAGGAGGAAGGGGGCCGAAGCAAGUACCACCACAGCGUCGGUGUCCUUAAGCCCUUCCGCUCCACCAGCAAACAUGAGCACCCAGUGGACAACGCCGGCCUCUUCUCCUUCAUGACCUUCAGCUGGCUCACGCCGCUGGCCAAAACGGCCCACAGGAAAGGCCAGCUACUCCUGGAGGACAUUUGGGCUGUAUCGCAGUGGGAGAGCUGUGAGACCAACAGCAAACGGCUGGCAGGACUUUGGGAGAAGGAGCUGAACGAGCGAGGGGACCAGGCUUCUCUCCAUCGUGUUGUCUGGCUGUUCUGUCGUACCCGAUUGCUGCUGUCCAUCCUGUGCCUCAUGGUCACUCAGCUCGCGGGCUUCAGCGGCCCAGCCUUUGUGGUAAGGCGGUUGUUGGAGUACACUCAGAAGAGUGAGCCCGAUCUGCCCUACGGCCUGCUGCUGGUGCUCGGUAUGCUGGGCACCGAGCUUCUACGUUCCUGGUCACUUGCCCUCACCUGGGCACUCAACUACCGCACGGGCACGCGCCUGCGCGGCGCCAUCCUCACCAUGGCCUUCCACAAGAUCCUGCACCUCCGCAGCCUGCGCGAGAAGUCUGUCGGAGAGCUGAUCAACAUGUGCUCGAGUGAUGGCCAACGCAUGUUUGAGGCGGCAGCCAUGGGCAGCUUGCUGGCAGGAGGCCCCCUGGUGGCCGUCUUAGGGAUGGCCUACAACCUCUCAGUGCUUGGACCCACAUCUCUACUAGGCUCUGCUGUGUUCAUCCUGUUCUACCCUACGAUGAUGUUUAGCUCCAGGCUCACAGCCUACUUCAGGAGGAAGGGAGUCGCUGUGACUGACAAGCGUGUUCAAAAAAUGAAUGAGAUCCUGAACUACAUCAAGUUCAUCAAGAUGUACGCCUGGGUGAAGGCUUUUUCCCAAGUUCUGCGAAGAAUAAGAGAUGAAGAACGCCAGAUCCUGGAGCGAACAGGAUAUUUCCAGAGUAUAACUGUUGGUGUGGCUCCCAUUGUGGUGGUGAUUGCUAGUGUGGCAACCUUCUCCACCCAUAUGCUGCUAGGCUAUGACCUCACUGCUGCUCAGGCAUUUACUGUUGUAACCGUCUUCAAUGCCAUGACCUUUGCUCUGAAAGUCACCCCCUUCUCAGUCAAAUCGCUUUCUGAAGCAUCUGUUGCAAUGGAGAGGUUCAAGAGUGUUCUCUUGAUGGCUGAGGUUAAGACCAUCCGUGAGCAACCACAGAACACCCACAUAUCUGUGGAACUGAGCGGAGCGAGUUUGGCCUGGGAGACGGGCGGGCACAGUGCCCAGCCUACACCACGUGGCACUCCUUAUGUAGGACUGAGUCAGAGAGUGGCACGCAAGAAACGAUUCCAGAAGGAGGACCCGAGCAAUUGUGGGAUGGUGGAGGAGGAGCACCACGGACGGCUGUUGACAGACACGCCCUCAGGAGCUGAAGACCACACCCUGCCUGUACCCACCAUUAGCCAACGGCUGCAAAGAACCUUGCACUGUAUCGACCUCACCAUACAGAAGGGGAAGCUGGUCGGUAUCUGUGGAAGUGUUGGCAGUGGAAAGACUUCGCUCAUCUCUGCCAUCCUUGGCCAGAUGACUCUUCUAGAGGGAACAGUGGCGGUUGAUGGAAAUUUUGCGUAUGUGGCCCAGCAAGCCUGGAUCCUUAAUGCUACACUUCGUGACAAUAUCCUGUUCGGGAAGGAUUAUGAGGAAGAAAGGUACCAGGCAGUCCUGAGUGCCUGUUCUCUGAGACUGGACUUGGCCAUACUUCCUAACUCUGACCUGACUGAGAUUGGUGAACGAGGGGCGAAUCUGAGCGGUGGUCAGCGGCAGAGGAUCAGUCUGGCUCGGGCGCUUUACAGUGACAGGGACAUCUACAUCCUGGACGACCCCCUCAGUGCUCUAGAUGCCCAUGUGAGCAAUCACAUCUUUAACAACGCAAUUAAGAAGCAGCUGCGCGGCAAGACCAUCAUCUUUGUCACUCACCAGCUGCAGUACGUGGUGGACUGCGAUGAAGUGAUCUUUAUGCGAGAGGGGAGCAUCACCGAGAAGGGUACCCACGAAGACCUGAUGAAUCUGAAUGGAGAUUACGCAGCCAUGUUUAACAACCUGCAGCUCGGAGAAACUCCUUUCAUUGAGUUGCCAAAUAACAAUGCUGGGAGUUCUCUGAAGAAACGAGGUGAAAAUGCCAAGGCAGGAUCUGUGAAGAAGGAGAAACCUCCGAGCAAGGACAAUGGUCCGCUGAUGCAAGCUGAAGAGCGUGGUAAAGGUUCAGUCCCCUGUGCAGUGUACAGAGUGUAUAUUCAAGCUUUAGGUGGCUUGCCUGUCUUCCUUUUUAUCCUGGCCCUCUUCAUCCUCAACAUGGGCAGCACUGCCUUCAGUAACUGGUGGCUCAGCUACUGGAUCAAGCAGGGCAGUGGGAACACCACUGUGUUUGUGGGGAACAGCUCGAUGGUGAGUGACAGCAUGCGGGACAACCCUCUGAUGCAGUACUAUGCAGCUGUUUACACCAUGUCCAUGGGCAUUAUGCUCUUACUGAAACUCCUCAGAGGCGUCAUCUUCGUCAAGGGAACUCUGCGUGCAUCCUCUCGGCUUCAUGACGAACUCUUCCAGAAGAUUCUUCGCAGCCCUAUGAAGUUCUUUGACACCACACCCACAGCACGGAUCCUCAACCGAUUCUCCAAAGACAUGGAUGAAGUGGAUACACGACUGCCGUUCCAGGCGGAGAUGUUCAUCCAGAAUGUGAUCCUGGUGGUGUUCUGCCUAGGUGUGAUCAGCAGUGUCUUCCCAUGGUUCCUGGUGGCUGUGGGCCCACUGGUGCUGCUCUUCACUGUGUUGCACGCUGUCUCUCGGGUCUUCAUACGUGAGCUCAAACGGCUAGAUAAUGUCACACAGUCGCCUUUUCUCUCCCACAUCGCCUCCAGCAUCCAGGGCCUGAGCACAGUGCAGGCCUACGGCAAGGGAGAGGAGUUCCUCCGCAGGUAUCGGGAGCUGCUGGAUCAGAACCAGGCCCCGUUUUACCUGUUCAGCUGUGCAAUGCGCUGGCUCGCUGUGCGUCUGGAUGUGAUCAGUGUGUCACUUAUCAGCAUCACAGCACUGAUGAUUGUCCUCAUGCAUGGACAGAUCCCCCCUGCCUAUGCAGGCCUGGCAAUAUCCUAUGCUGUUCAGCUGACCGGUCUGUUCCAGUUCACCGUCCGCCUUGCCUCUGAGACAGAAGCUCGCUUCACCUCAGUAGAGAGAAUCCACCACUACAUUGAGUCUCUGUCACUGGAGGCUCCUGCGCGGGUGAAGAACAAAGCUCCUCCUUCAGACUGGCCACAGGAGGGAGAAAUUGUGUUUGACAGCGUUGAGAUGAAGUACAGAGAGGACCUUCCGUUGGUAUUGAAGAAACUGUCCUGCACAAUCCGGCCUAAGGAGAAGGUGGGGAUUGUGGGCCGGACAGGUUCAGGGAAGUCCUCCUUAGGCAUGGUUCUCUUCCGGCUGGUGGAGCCGUGCGGUGGAAGCAUUAAGAUUGAUGGUGUUAAUAUCUGCGACAUCGGUCUUGCUGAUUUACGCAGCAAGCUCUCCAUCAUUCCACAAGAACCUGUGCUUUUCAGUGGGACCGUCAGAUCAAACCUUGAUCCAUUCAACCAAUAUUCAGAGGCGCAGAUCUGGGAUGCUUUGGAGAGGACACACAUGAAGGAGUGUGUGUCUCAGUUGCCCUUGAAGCUGGAGUCUGAGGUUGUGGAGAACGGGGAGAACUUUUCAGUGGGCGAGAGGCAGCUCCUGUGUGUGGCUAGAACACUGCUUAGACAGUGCAAGAUCCUGAUCUUGGAUGAGGCCACUGCUGCUAUGGACACAGAGACAGAUUCUCUAAUCCAGGAAACCAUUCGUAACUCAUUCCAAGACUGCACAACCUUAACCAUCGCACAUAGACUGCACACUGUGCUCAGUUGUGACCGCAUCAUGGUGCUCAACCAGGGCCAGGUGGUGGAAUUCGACGAGCCGUCCAGACUUCUGGCCAACGAGAACUCUCGAUUUUGCGCCAUGCUGGCUGCGGUGGAGAACAAGAUUUCUGUUAGAGGAUAAAAAAAGAGAAAACAAGCAUGCACUCAUUAGGUUAGAGGAUACAAACAUCCUUGACUGAAUAAACCAGUCGCUGGUGCUUAAGCGUCACCUGCUAUUGCAGGCGUCUGGGGCUUUGCCGUGUCUGGAGAGCGGGAAUACUGUGUCUCUAUGGAGACAGAAUCAUGAACAUGCCUGUUCAGAUGUACUUAAUGUUAGCUGCAAUGGUCAGGUCACCAAAUACUGAUACUGUAACCAUAUUUUGCAUUAUACAAGCAGACAUCGGUUUUCAUGUAGGUCCAUUCAUGCAAACUGGUGUGUUUCAUAGAGUGUUUAUCUAUAUCUAUUAUAAGAUGAUAUUAUUUACACUGGGGAAAGGGUGUGUGUGUGUGUGUGUGUGUGUGUGUGUGUGUGUGUGUAUCCAGAGCUUUUGUGCAUUAGCUCUGUUCACGUAUGUCACAUGCACAAAUCACUGUACCAUAACCUUGAGUCUAAUAACUUGAUUUUUGCCAACUUGUGUGACUGUGUAAUGUCUCGUAACUUGAACUCCUGAUGCUGGUGAUUUUGUUGACAGGAAGUUUUGAUGACACUGAGUUAGAAACAGUGCUGCUUCUCAGAAUACUUGUUCCACAUAACAAGGACAGCCGCAUUUGUGCUAAGAGGCCUUGUACAUGUUUCCACUAUUUUGUGCUGAGUCAACAUUUCAUUUCGGUCUGCUGAUGUAUCUAUAUUUGUGAUUUUUUUUUUUUUUUUUUUUUUUUGCUUGUCCUUGCAUAUUCACACAGUCAGAGGAGAUCACCAAAUCCCCACAGCAGGAUCUGUGCACAUUAAAUGGGUUGUUUUUGCGCUGAGCAGAGUGAUCUAUCAGAGCAAAGCUCUGGAAAAUGAUCACUCUGAGUAGGAAACUUGGAUCAGGUGAAUAUCAUCUUUGGCCUUGAUGAAGGAGAAUCUGAUAUUUAUACCUGCUUCCUCGGUAGGACCCGCACAAUAUCCAGUCACCUGUUAUUUUCUUUACUUUCCACAGCCUUAGCAUGAUUUCUUAAUUGCCUUGUAAAGGCCUGAGAAGUUGAACAGGGAGAAUGAACUCUCUGUCUCAUCAAUAAAAUUAUUUUAGGUGUA